UUGGUCAAGUCCGCUGGCCACGCCACCGCGACGAACAAAGGCGCAGAAAAACAGAAUCUGCGGCAUCUCUUCGUGCUUCAAGAAUUCGCCCGAGACGGUUUGGUUGCGUGGAACGUGGAAAAAAAUCAGGUUCCGGCCGGACUAGCGAGUGCAGAGGAGGGGAGGAGAGCAAAAGAGGCAGAAAACAACCGGAACCUCUUCGCGUUCGCAACCAUUCCGUGAUCUCGGGGCAGCAGCAAGAAGUUCCGAUUCACGACGCUCCGCUUUGACCUCUCAGUGAAAAGCGCAGCAGAACGCAGCAUCAGCAGCAUACGAACGCCCGAACGAAAGUGCCGACUGUGGAAAUAGUGUGAAAAGUGUCCCCCGGGAAUCAAUCAAGUGGUGCGGUGGUGACAAAGCACAGCCAGCGAUCCGCCGAUGGUUUGCGUGCGUCGUCCGAACGGAGCAGAUCCGAAAGAACGUGCCAUCAUCAUCAUCACCAGCGGACAGUAGUUGAAGCGGGGCCGGUGGAAGAGAGCGGCCAUCAAUGUUGUGACACACAGGACGACGACGCAUAAUAACGCGCACCAAGAACAGUUUGGCCGCCACCGAACCGAGGAGCUGAACCAGCCGCCGUAACACCUGCCGGCGGAGAAGGAAAACGGAACGGGGAAUUAAACGCCAUCGCGCGUAUCGUUGCAUAAUCCACGGCACGGUCGGUGAAAGGGGUGUCGGUAUCGACGAUCGAGCCUAGCCUACUACAGAACGACGUUCUUGAAGGAAGCGUGGCUUGCUCAACCGGUCGGAACCAAAAGCUGGAGCAAGGCGUACAUUUUUAUGAAUAUUGGCAAAACCUGACCGAUUGACACUGCGGAAGUGGCGCAAGAAGGGAUCCUCCCAGGGAUCGGUGGACGAUCGGCAACACUCAGCACCGCCAUCCUCGACAGCGUCGGUGUACCGCAAGUGGUUCGCUCGGCGUAUCGGUACUCGCUGGAACAAGGCUCACAGUAACGAAGCUCAAGAAGCGCAACAACGAUCCACGUUCGUACAAGGAAUUGGUAGCCCAGUGCCCUGCGACAUCGCUACCGCUAACAAACAGCCGAAACAAGAAAAAGAACCGUCGGAAUCAUCGCUCAGUUCCAUCGUUCGUUCGCUAGUGGUAGCGGCCAAGAGACGAAGAAAGGCGACAUCUAACAUCACAGCAAUCGUCGACCAGACAGGCUCCAGAAAGGACGAUAGCGUAUCGGCCAUAGAACAAGGCGCCGAUACUGAGGAGAACGGUUACCGCAAAGGUCGUAGUAGUGGAGUCGGAAGUGGCGUAGAUUUCCACUUUCUGACGCGCUUUUUCACUGUUCUCGGUGGAAAACGACAGCACCGGACGGCUGCAACAACGGGGAAGGCAUUUCUUCCGACAGAGGGCUUAAACGCGAUGGACUACGACAAAACGGUCGAAGCAAUGGAUACGCAGGAUGACAAUGAAAUCGAUCCGCCAAAUAUUCAGAACGCUACGAACCCGGCCGUUCCUCCGACGGCACCGGCCAACGGUGGUGCCCUACCGCCGAUCGAAAACAUUGAUGGAGCAGGCGAGGCAAUGGCGCUGGAUGAUCAGGACUACAUGAACGACGAGGUGCGGUCGGAGGCGACGUUUAGCUUUCAGAUUCCCAAAUUUAGCCGCCUCACGGAAUCUGUGCUCUCGCCUGCGUACUACGUCCGCAAUCUACCCUGGAAGAUCCUAGCUAUGCCGCGGACCAACGAAAAUGCCGUCUCACCCGGCAAGGGUUUGGGCUUUUUCAUCCAGUGUAACGGCGAAAGCUCGAGCAACAACUGGAACUGCUCGGCAUCGGCCGAGUUGCGGUUGCUGCGGGUUGAUCCCCACGCCGAACCCUUCAUCCGAAGGAUUCGACACACGUUCUGCAUGCAGGAGAACGAUUGGGGUUUCUCGACAUUCAUGAACUGGCAGGAAAUCCUGGAUCCGGCCAAUGGUUUCAUCGAGAACGACACGAUCACGUUGGAGGUGUACGUGAAUGCGGAGCCACCACGCGGUAUCUUCUGGGACUCGAAGAAGCACACCGGCUAUGUGGGGCUGAAAAAUCAAGGUGCGACCUGCUACAUGAACUCGCUACUCCAAACGCUCUACUUCACCAACCAGCUGCGAAAGGCCGUGUACAAGAUGCCGACCGAGGCGGACGACGACUGUAAGUCGGUGGCCCUUGCCCUACAGCGCGUCUUUCACGAUCUGCAAACUCAAAACAAACCGGUCGGCACGAAGAAGCUCACCAAAAGCUUCGGUUGGGAUGCGCUCGAUUCGUUCAUGCAGCACGACGUACAAGAGUUUCUGCGCGUCCUGCUCGACAAGCUAGAGAACAAGAUGAAGGGGACUAGCCUGGAGGGAACGAUUCCGAAGCUGUUUGAGGGGAAGAUGAUAUCGUACAUCAAAUGCCAGAACGUGGACUACACGAGCCGCCGAACCGAGACGUUCUACGACAUCCAGCUGAACAUCAAGGGCAAGAAGAACAUUCAG